CUGUGCCUUAAAUAAGAUGGAGCAUCUGCUGUUGCCCCUAAACCUGCCCUGUGCUUUGCUUGCAGAAAGCUGUUCGUGGGUGGCCUGGACUGGAGCACGACACAAGAAACCCUUCGUAACUACUUCUCCCAGUAUGGAGAAGUCGUAGACUGUGUAAUAAUGAAAGACAAAACAACAAAUCAAUCUCGAGGAUUUGGAUUUGUCAAAUUUAAAGAUCCCAACUGUGUGGGAACAGUGCUGGCCAACAGACCUCAUACGUUAGAUGGCCGAAAUAUUGAUCCAAAGCCAUGCACACCUCGGGGGAUGCAGCCAGAGCGGACACGGCCGAAGGAAGGAUGGCAGAAAGGAUCCAGGAGCGAUAACAAUAAAUCCAAUAAAAUUUUUGUUGGUGGGAUUCCUCAUAACUGUGGCGAGACAGAGCUCAGGGAAUACUUCAAGAAGUUCGGAGUGGUCACUGAAGUUGUAAUGAUCUAUGACGCAGAGAAACAGAGGCCCCGAGGUUUUGGAUUUAUUACUUUCGAGGACGAACAAUCAGUGGACCAGGCUGUCAACAUGCAUUUUCACGACAUCAUGGGCAAAAAAGUGGAGGUGAAACGCGCCGAGCCUCGGGAUAGCAAGAGCCAAACUCCAGGGCCGCCGGGGGCCAGCCAGUGGGGAAGCAGGAUCAUGCCAAGCGCUGCCAACGGCUGGGCAGGGCAGCCCCCUCCGACCUGGCAGCAGGGAUACGGCCCCCAAGGGAUGUGGGUGCCAGCUGGACAGGCAAUUGGUGGAUAUGGACCCCCUCCUCCAGGCAGAGGAGCUCCUCCCCCACCACCACCAUUUACCUCAUACAUUGUCUCCACACCUCCCGGGGGAUUCCCGCCUCCACAAGGAUUUCCACAGGGCUAUGGCACCCCUCCACCAUUUAGUUUUGGUUAUGGUGCUCCACCUCCUCCACCUGACCAGUUUGCCCCCCCUGGAGUCCCCCCUCCACCUGCCACUCCAGGGGCAGCACCACUCGCUUUUCCUCCACCACCACCACCAUCUCAGGCAACUCAGGACAUGAGCAAACCCCCAACUGCUCAGCCAGAAUUCCCUUAUAGUCAGUUUGGGUAUGGACAAGACUUGAGUGGGUUUGGACAAGGUUUCUCUGAUCCCAGCCAGCAGCCCCCUCCCUACGGAGGCCCCUCUGUGCAGCCAUCCAGCGGCCCCCCAGCCGGAGGCAGCGGCUUCGGCCGGGGACAGAACCACAAUGUGCAAGGAUUCCAUCCCUACCGGCGCUAGCCUGGGCUGGCAAUCAGGGAGUGCUGUCCACAGGGAUCUCUGGGCCCAGCUGAACCCCGGGAUCCCAGACUUCUGAACUUGUGACAAUCACAUUACUUGAUGGAAGAAAAACCUAACAACAAUUUUUUCGUGGGGGGGUGGGGGCAGAUGGCUUCUGAAGGCAGAGCUGUGGGUGUUUGGACUGCAGUUUUUAAAGAUUUUCCUUUCUCUAACCCAUCAGCACAAAUAAAGAAAAUGUCACUGGUUCAAAUUACAGGGUUUUAAAAAUGUCUUCAGCUUUAAUUCAAAACUUCAGGUUUCUUUUUUUUGAAAUUAUUUUUCCUGAGCCUUUGUUUUACCGUAUAUUGUAAACUUUUAUGUUUAAAAGAAAAAAAAAUAUAUACAUUUACAGAUUGUGAAAUUUUUAAGAGAAAUUUUCUACUAUGUAUGCUGGCUUAUUUUUUAAUUUAAAACAGGGUUUCCAUGAGCGCUGUCGGAGGCGGGGGAAGAGCUGCAGCCCCUUCCUCCCUCCCCACGGCAGCGCUUGGGGCGGAGGGUUCCGAAACUCUGGGAGUUGACAGAAACCUGCUGAGUGUAUUUUGCUGUUUGUUCUGGGGGGCAGAGCUGGGCCGGGGCAGGCACAGGAGCUGCGGACGCACAGAGGCACUCGGGGAGCGCUGGCUCCGGGCUCCACGCUUCCCUCGCUCCGCCGCGGGGCUCCGGAGGCCUUGGCGAGAUGUGGAUUUCCCUCAGGCAAAAAGGUUUUGGUGCGUUUGGCACUGAGCAGUGCUGAGCCCUGGUUUGAAUAAAGACAAGAACCUUUGGAUUAGAAA